UCCCCCCGGUUAAAACGCAGUGGAAAUUUCCUGUCUCUCCACUUACAGCUAUAUUAACGGACGCUAACAGAAAUUAACGUCUCGAAGCAAUCUGAAAGAAUUACUCCCAAGAUAAUAUUUGGACUCCGUUCAUUAAUCUGACUGAAGGACAACUCGGAUCUAUAUCACUUCGUUUCCACAUCUUCUUUACUUAUCGUCACUUAUUGGAAAGUCAAUAUGUCUCAGCAGCAGAUCAGCCUCCCAGCCAAGCUCAUUAAUGGAGGUAUUGCUGGCAUUGUUGGGGUUACCUGUGUCUUCCCCAUUGACUUGGCCAAGACCAGGUUACAGAAUCAGAGACAAGGUCAGCAGGUCUACAGGAGCAUGAUGGACUGCCUUGUCAAGACAGUUCGAUCAGAAGGCUACUUCGGCAUGUACAGAGGUGCUGCCGUAAAUCUGACACUGGUUACCCCAGAGAAGGCGAUCAAGCUGGCUGCUAAUGACUUAUUUCGCCAUCACCUUGCCAAGGAUGGAAAGGGGCUGACAUUGUUCAAAGAGAUGCUGGCAGGUUGUGGUGCAGGCAUGUGCCAGGUCAUUGUCACCACCCCCAUGGAAAUGCUCAAGAUACAGCUACAGGAUGCAGGCAGACUCGUGGCCCAGCAGCAAAAACCUGUCAUGAUGUCCCCCACAAAGCUUGUGGCCACUAACACAAUGCUCAGCCGCUCCUACAACUCUGGCACGGUGGUCUCAGCACGGCAAGCUGUGUCUGCCACGCAGAUCGCAAAGGAACUUCUUCAAACCCAGGGCAUCCAGGGGCUCUACAAAGGUCUAGGGGCAACACUGAUGAGGGAUGUUCCCUUUUCUGUUGUUUACUUCCCAUUGUUUGCCAACCUGAACCGCCUGGGCAAACCCAGUCCCGAUGAAUCGUCACCUUUCUAUUGGGCUUUCCUCUCAGGCUGUUUAGCAGGAUCUACUGCUGCAGUGGCUGUUAACCCCUGCGAUGUGGUGAAGACUAGACUGCAGUCACUGAACAAAGGGUCCAGUGAGGAGACUUACAAUGGUGUUGUGGAUUGUGUAAGUAAAAUCCUGCGGAAGGAGGGACCGUCUGCCUUCCUGAAAGGCGCAGGCUGCCGAGCUCUGGUCAUAGCUCCUCUGUUUGGUAUUGCACAGGUUAUGUACUUUGUUGGUGUUGGAGAAUACAUCCUGGAAAACUCACCUCUGAGCCUUCUGUCGGCUUGAGACUGAAUCAGUUUUCUGGCUAUGCAAUGAACCCUCCGAAUAUGAAUGAAGAACAAGUGGCAGCUACAUACCAACAGUUUACAGCAAAAAAAAAAAGAGAAAAAAAAAUGUACACAAGUCUUGUUUGACAAAGUCAGAAAGGCUUCAGUGUGUAAAGACCUGUGAUUUCAUCCUCUGUAUGGUCUGACAGCUGUGUUGCACUUAAACACUUUUAUGACUUAUUCAGUGGGCUGUGGCCAAUGUUUGAUCAAUGUGUUAGCCUUACUAUGUUGAGGGACUCAAGAAUUGCAGUGUUAUUCUUUCUUUGUCCUGAGACGGUCCUGUUCUGUUUCCCUCUGUGAGGGAGGGGAGCUCACUCCAUCAAAGAGACAGACAUGUUUUUGUAUUUUCUUCCAUGUUAUCACUUUUCAUAUUAUAUUGUAUGUGUGAGCUAGUUUUAUUUUGAAUGGCUGAACAAAAUAGCUUGAAGUACUUUGUUUGUAUGUUUUUCUUCCUUUUCCGUUGCUGUCUCAUGUUAUAGAACUGGAACAAAGUAUUAGAACAAUGGCUUCAAAUUGGGGGGGAAACAAUGGGGUCCAAUUUUUUUUUUUUUUUUUUUUUUCCUUUUUUAACAUACAUUUCAUGCAAUAACUGUGAGUGUACAUGUUAAAUUUGACUGAUCAUGAGCCUUCCAACUGACAUGGGACCAUACGGUUUGACAAACCAUUAGCAGCAUCUUGUUGUAUACUUGAUAUUAACCCUACUGUUGUUUAGUAGUCUGUGAACCACUCGUCAUAUCGUAUUAUCUGCAAAAACUUGAGAUACCUUCAUGCACAUUAAGUAUGCAUGUGUUUGUCCACACAACCUCAGUUUAGAGAUUUGCAUACGCAUACCUACCAUUUUACUCAAAAGGUAAAUUUUGGUUUAUGCCUUAACAGAGCAGAUCUCUGAAGAUGGAGCAUUAUUACUGUCACUGAUCAUGUGAAAAAUGACUGUUACCGUACUUUACGUGUUUGUGAUGUCUUUUUUUGUACAUACUGUGUAUAUAUGCAUAAAAAUUUGCAAUGCA